CCUCUGCAACUGCGUUCACGGGUUCAAGAGCAAUCUGCUGCUCCUCUAUGUCAGAAGACAGCAACGUUGCUCAACUACCUUUGAGGACUUGAGAAGACCCUUUUCUGCUAAAAAGAUCAAAAGAUGAAACACACGGAGUACUAGAUGGGGUGGGCUAUAGCUCUUCAUGGAGGAGCGGGCGACAUCUCGCCGUCCCUGAUGCCUCCCCAUAUCUUGGAAGCCAGGGAGGAGUGCCUCAGGAAGUGUCUCCACAUUGGCGUCUCGGCGCUCAAAGCAAAGGCGACGGCACUAGACGUGGUUGAGCUUGUGGUACGUGAGAUGGAAAACCACCCGCUUUUCAAUGCUGGCAAAGGUUCAGUUUUGACUACGGAUGGCACAGUUGAGAUGGAGGCAAGCAUAAUGGAUGGGAACACAAAGAAUUGUGGUGCUGUUUCUGGUUUGUCUACAGUUGCUAGUGCCAUAUCACUUGCCCGACAUGUGAUGGAAAAGACUCCUCAUAUUUACUUAGCAUUUGAUGGGGCUGAGGCAUUUGCAAGAGAGCAAGGCAUAGAAACUGUUGACGCGAGCUACUUUGUUACUCCAGAAAAUAUAGAAAGGUUAAGAAAAGCCAAGGAAGCAAAGAAAGUUCAGAUAGACUACAACACGCCUAUUCACAAGAAUACUCCAGUGGAAACAGCAGCUUCCAAUGGGGAUAGUCAACUUGGAACAGUUGGAUGUGUAGCAGUUGACUGCCAUGGAAAUCUGGCAGCUGGAACCUCAACAGGUGGCCUAGUGAACAAGAUGGUUGGUAGAAUUGGUGAUACCCCUGUGAUAGGAGCUGGCAAUUAUGCCAACAGCUAUUGUGCAGUAUCUGCUACUGGUAAAGGAGAAUCCAUUAUCAGGGCCACCGUUGCCCGAGAUGUGGCUGCACUUAUGGAAUAUAAAGGACUUUCUCUGAAAGAUGCAGCAGAUUAUGUUAUAGAAAAAUGUGUGCCCAAAGGUGAUGCAGGACUUGUUGCUGUAUCAGCCACAGGUGAAGUCACAAUGUCAUUCAACACCUCAGGUAUGUUUAGGGCUUGUGCCACCGAAGAUGGUUACUCUGAAAUUGGAAUGUUUGCUUCUUAAUUAGCUACAAGAAGAAGAAGCAAUUGAUCAUUGUGGUGAAUAAGCUGAUUGGUGUUCAUUUAUUAGGCCUAUGAAUUGUCAUUGUGUCAUCAUGCUGUAAUUUGACAUAUUAAUUAUCAUCAGCAAACUCUUUAUAUUAGCAAUAUUUAAAUAAAUAUUUCUUGUUGGACCUUGACUGAUA